CGACCAUCAAAUUUCCUACAUUAUGCACUCCGCUUACUCGAGUUCACCCUACUCCUUGUGCGCGACGACGCUGAACACACUUCUACCGCAACCACUCUCCAGCUUCUGCCUAAUGAAAAAGCAGGUGGACUGCUCAAAGCGGGUGUGUGGCCCCCCUGAUCAAAUGUUUGUGGAGCAAGGUCAGUGUCCUGACUUUGCUAGGUGGAGGGAAAGAAUGGUCCAGUUGAAUCCGCAGCUUGGCUUGCAGAUACUGAUCACAUUUCAAAGUCGCGAAUUUGCACAUCUCUUUCCUAUCAUACAUCACUUCCCACUACAUUCGCUCACAUUCAAGUUUGAGCCCUAGAAGUGCGAGACGUCGGCGGUAAAGACAUUAGCGCCAUCCAGGAUCUCUUUCGGAAGCUGGGUGAAGAAAUCUUGGAAGGUCUGGUCUUCAAUAAUCUGAAAAAAAUGCAUCAGCACACUGCGUUGUGUGAUUGCAUCCAUGCUCACUGAUUGAAUCGCG